UUCCCAUAAUGGCUUUUCCUUUAGUACUCUCCCUAUCUAUAUUCAUCAUCUUUUUAUGUUACAAACUCUACAACCGGCUCACAGCCAAGCUUCCACCGGGACCGUGUCCAUGGCCGGUCAUUGGAAACCUCUUCAACAUAACCCCAGUGAGGUUCCGGUGUUUUGCUGAAUGGGCCCAAAUUUAUGGGCCUAUCUUUUCUUUUUACCUCGGGUCACAACUAAACGUGGUGGUGAAUAAUGCAGAACUUGCUAAACAAGUUCUUAAAGAUAAUGACCAAAAUUUGGCCAAUAGGUUUAGAACAAAACCUCUUGAUAAUGUGAGUAAAAAUGGGAUGGAUUUGAUAUGGGCUGAUUAUGGACCUCAUUAUGUGAAAGUAAGAAAGCUUUGUAAUCUUGAACUUUUUACUCCAAAGAGACUUGAAGCUCUUAGGCCCAUUAGAGAAGAUGAAGUUACUGCCAUGAUUCACAACAUUUACAGAGAUUCUAAUAAGCAUUGCAAUGUUAGUAAUUGUAUGAUGCUAAGGGGCUACUUGGGAUCAGUAUCAUUCAACAAUAUAACAAGGCUAACAUUUGGAAAAAGAUUUAUGAACUCAGAAGGUGAAGUUGAUAAACAAGGUGAAGAACUCAAAGCUAUUGUAACAAAUGGGAUUAAAAUAGGAGGAAAAUUAAAUUUGGGAGAAUUUGUACCAUGGCUACGUUGGGCAUUUAAAGAUGAAGAUGAAGCUCUUGAGGCACAAGAUAGACGUUUGGAGGAAUUUACAAGAAUUAUAAUGGAAGAACACACAAUUGCUAGGAAAAUAACUGGGGAAACUAAACAACACUUUGUUGAUGCUUUGCUUACUCUACAAAACGAGUAUGAUCUUAGUGAUGACACUGUUAUUGGCCUCCUUUGGGAUAUGAUAACAGCAGGGAUGGACACAAUAGCCAUUACUGUUGAAUGGGCUAUGGCCGAACUAGUAAAGAAUCCAAGAGUUCAACAAAAGGUCCAAGAGGAGCUAGAUGGAGUUAUUGGAUCAGAUCGUAUCGUAAACGAAAUAGAUAUUUCCAAACUCUCCUAUCUACAACAUGUAGUCAAAGAAUCUUUAAGAUUGCACCCUCCAACUCCACUAAUGCUGCCUCAUAUGGCUGGUAAUAAUGCCAAAGUGGGUGGUUACAACAUUCCAAAAGGUUCAAUUGAUUCUAAUUUAUCUACAAUAUAUCAUUUAUUAUUUAUCAUAUUUUAG